AUGCUAGAGAUUUCGGUUUUGUCAUUUGAUUCAAGUCAUGCUAGUAGCACAGCAUUGGGCUGGACCACAAGACACGUUUUAACACGGUUUUUGAAGUCAGGCACAGCCCUAGACAUGCCCGACUCGGGUUCCAAAGUGUCUGAUCCACAGCACUCUCAGAAACUGCUCCAGGUGCUGCGGUCCUUCUGGCAGGAGAAGAGCUUCCAUGAUGCCCUGCUGGUGGUGGACGGAGAGGAACUUCCCGUUCAGAAGAACAUCCUGGCUGCGGCAAGUCCUUACGUUCGGACUAAGUUAAAUUACAAUCCUCCAAAGGAAGAUGGCUCUAUGUACAGGAUAGAGCUCCAAGGCGUCUCCAUGGAAACCAUGAAACAGAUCCUGGACUACAUUUUCAGUGGUGAAAUCACACUGAGCGAGGAGAUGGUCCAAGACAUGGUGCAGGCCUCAGACCUGCUGCUAAUGACUGACCUCAAGUUAUUGUGUUGUCAGUUUUUGGAGAGCUGCAUCACUGCUGAGAACUGCAUCGGUAUCCGCCUCUUCUCGCUUCAUUAUUGUCUCUAUCAUGUCCACUAUGCUGCCACUGAGUUCCUCCAGACACACUUCAGAGACGUGGCUCUAACAGAGGAGUUUAGGGAGCUGCCUCAUGACCGGCUCUGUGAGAUCUUCUCUAUGGAGAAAUUGAACGUAGGCAAUGAGAAGUAUGUGCUGGAAGCGGCGGUGCGGUGGUUUGCCCAUGACCCGGAGGAUCGCAGGGUGCACAUGAGGGAGAUUAUGUCCUCUGUUUGGAUGCAGGGUCUAGACCUUGGUUAUCUCAGAGAGCAGGCGCUGGGUGAGCCCCUGAUGAGAGAGGUGGUCCGAGAACACUGUCAGUCUAUUUUAGGAGCUGGGCAGCUUCAGGGAGAGGCGAUGCUGGCCUCCUUUAAACCUCGGGGAUAUUCGGAGUGCAUUGUCAUCGCUGGAGGAGAAGAUCGCAAAACCCGGAAGGCGACCGCUGUGACCCGCUGCAUGUGCCCUCUCUACGACCCCAACAGACAAGCCUGGAUAGAGCUGCAGCCAAUGAGCUCUCCCCGACUGGGACAUGGAAUGGUGUCUGCUGAGGGUUUCCUGUUUGUGAUGGGUGGGACCGAUGAAAACGGCACGAUACUGGACACCGCAGAGAAAUAUGAUCCCGAUUCUAAUAGCUGGAGCCCAGUGCCUCCAAUGCUACAGGCUCGCCAGAACUUUGGUAUUGUUGAGUUGGAUGGGCUGAUCUACGUCCUGGGUGGAGAGAACGAGGUGAUGGAGCUCGUUUCCGUGGAGGCAUUUGAUCCGCAUUUUAACACGUGGAAAACGCAGACGGACAUGACCAUGGUCCGCAAGAUCGGCUCCUACGCUGUGAUGAACAAGAAGAUCUAUGCUAUGGGAGGAGGCUCUUAUGGGAAACUGUUUGACUCUGUGGAGUGCUUUGACCCCAAGACCCAGCAGUGGACUGGCCUGUGUCCACUGAAGGAGAGAAGGUUUGGGUCUGUGGCGUGCGGCAUUGGACAGGAGCUGUACGUGUUCGGGGGAGUCCGCAGCCAAGAGAACGAAAAUCCAGAGCAGAGACAGAUGAUGACCUGCAAAUCCGAAUUUUACCACGAUGAAUUUAGAAGGUGGAUGUUGCUGGACGACCAAAACCUGUGUAUUCCGACCAGCUCUUCAUUUGUGUACGGGGCAGUUCCCAUCGGUCCAAACAUCUAUGUAGUUGGAGACCUGGACACUGGCACUAGUUUUGAUUACAUCCGCGAGUUUCGCCGCAGCACUGGGACCUGGCACCGGACCAAGCCCAUGUUGACCACAGACCUGUCCAAAACCACCUGUUCUGCUCUGCGCUUCGCUAACUGUAAACUGUUCAGACUGCAGCUGAUCCAGGGCAUGUUCCGGAUCAGAGUAGGGCUCUGA